UGACUUGUAUAAAUUGGAAUGUGAUUUUUUAAAAACAUUUAUUGCUUCUGUGGCUCUAUUACCCUCCCACCAAACGACAGACAAGCGUGUUCUGUCAACCAUUGUGGAAGAGAAAAUAAGUAUUUACUUAGCACUCGAGCAACUAAAUGCGUACCUUCAGCUGGAGACAGUGAAUUGAAGAAACUACAUCAUGGACUACGUUAUUACAAAGUAGUAGCCAACACACUUGGAUAAAUGCUGAGAACACUUCAUGAUGGUCAUUUUUGGUUUGAUUAAAAAAUAACCCUUCGUUUGCUGUUAUUAUGAAUAUUAGUACUUUUCUAAAACAUGGGAACCCAGAUGGACUGCUGCUCCAGGCGCUGUGGGAUGAUCUGCGUGCACAACGGGAGUUCCUCACGUCACCUUUCCUGCCCGCAUGCCUCGCUUUCCUCAUCCACCUUCUCCUCUGCGCACCUUUUCUAGCCUUUGAAGUGCUGGGAUGUUUCUGGCCACGGAUAAAUCUCUACAGGAUCUCGAGGACCGCUGAACCGUUGCUGUUGUGUUUGCAGCGAUGGGUUUACUGCUGUUGGAGGAUUUUUCUGAAAUACCUGACAACUGUUCUCCCAGCCACAGCGCUUUAUCAAAGAGUUAGGAUUCCAAGAUUUCCCGAACUCGCGCCUUCAUGCAGCCUGCUCAUUGGGGAGGUUAUCGCGUGCCUACUUUUAUUUGAUGCGCUGUUCUUUAUAUGGCAUUAUUCCAUGCAUCGGGUUCCCUGGCUGUAUCGGAGGGUCCACCAGAAUCAUCACCAGAACCGGAUCACCUUCGCCCUGGCUGCCCAGGACGCCAGCCCGGCUGAGCUACUCUCCCUGCAGAUGCUGGCCCUGAGCAGUGCCUGGGUGGUGGGCUGCCACCCUCUGAGUGAGGCCCUGUUCCACCUGCUCAACACCUGGCUGGCCAUAGAGGACCACUGUGGCUACGACCUGCCCUGGGCCAUCCAUAGACUACUGCCCUGCUUCGGAGGGGCCCCCUUCCACCAGGCACACCACCACAUCUACAGGGGGAACUAUGCCCCCUACUUCAGGCACUGGGACUGGCUCUGUGGGACCUACCUGGGCGUAAGGGAGGAGGCUGGGAGUAAACAUGGAGGGAGGACAAUGAAGAGACAUUAAUUUGGCGUCAUGGAACCGCCCCUUCUUCCACAGAGUAUAAAACCCACUUCCUACAAAAUCUACAUUAAGUCAGAGAACGCCGGGACAGAGUCCUCACGUUGGAAUGGCUACAAUUCUAUAGAUCAUUAGACCAUACAGCUGUAGUUUUGGCUACACGAUUAGAAAUGGUUAAAAUCUGAGACUAUCAAUCACUACAGAAUAAGAGCAAAUCUUAGACAUAAGAUAAAUAUAUAUAUUGCAAUUAUUCUCAAAUGAGCGGCCGUUCAUGUGCAAAGGAUUAGAAUUUCAAUGAUUAUAAUUAUCCACUGUGUAUAGUGAAUCCAUUUUGUCUUUCCUGCUCUUUCUCAGUCCCCACCCCUUUCCUUUGUCAUUUAGCCCACUAGGGAC